UAAAAAGCCUUAUUUCCAGUUAGAAAAAAGGAGAGAGAGAGAGCUUCCCUUUCGUCCAUAUAUUCUGCAUCUUUGGCAUCGUAAGCGGUGACGUAUCACUCUUCUCUCUCUGUCUCAAAUAUUCUCCUUCCAUCAAAAAAAGAGAGAACCCACUUUCUCCCAAAGCCAUACGAGUGAGUACACAAGAUCCCUUUUUCGUUUCCUCGUGAUUUGCCAAAUCUCCAGGUUAGAGAAAGCUUUUGUUGAUGCUCUGUAUCUGAGGAAGGAGGAGAGAAGAAAUGGGGUUUGAGGAGGCGUUGGAGUGGUACUGCAAGCCGGCGCCUAACGGCGUUUGGACGAAACAAGUUGAUAACGCGUUUGGCGCUUACACGCCCUGUGCUACUGACUCUUUUGUCCUUGUAAUCUCUCAUGUGGCUCUCUUGGUUCUGUGUCUGUACCGUAUAUGGCGCACCAUGAAGGACCACAAAGUGGAGAGGUUCUGCAUGAGGUCGAGAUUGUAUAGCUAUUUGUUGGCUCUUUUGGCGGCUUAUGGUACUGCUGAGCCGUUGUUUAGGUUGAUCAUGGGGGUUUCUGUUUUGGAUUUGGAUGGAGAUGGGCUUCCUCCUUAUGAGGCGUUUGGUUUGGGGGUUGAAGCUUUGACUUGGGGGUCUGUGAUGAUCAUGAUUUGUAUGGAAACUAAAAUUUACAUCCAUGAACUCCGUUGGUACGUUAGGUUUGCUGUCGUAUAUGCUCUUGUGGGGGAUAUGGUCUUGCUAAAUCUUGUUCUCUCAGUCAAGGAGUUCUAUACCAGUUAUGUACUGUAUCUCUAUAUAAGCGAGGUGGCAGUUCAGGUCCUAUUUGGAAUUCUAUUGUUUGUGCAUCUUCCCAAUUUGGAACCUUACCCUGGCUACAUGCCAUUGGGGAGUGAAACUGUGGAUGAUCAUGAGUAUGAAGAGCUUUCUGAGGGACAACAAAUAUGUCCGGAAAGGCAAGCAAACAUAUUUGACAAGAUCUUCUUCUCAUGGAUUAAUCCGUUGAUGACUCUGGGAUCUAAAAGGCCUCUCACAGAGACGGAUGUGUGGCAUCUGGACACUUGGGAUCAGACUGAAACUCUGUUCACCAGCUUCCAGCAAUCCUGGGAUAAGGAACUACAAAAGCCGAAACCGUGGUUGUUGAGAGCAUUAAACAGUAGUCUGGGAGGAAGGUUUUGGUGGGGAGGAUUUUGGAAGAUUGGGAAUGAUUGCUCACAAUUUGUAGGGCCUCUUUUACUGAAUCAACUCUUAAAGUCAAUGCAACAAGAUGAGCCCGCUUACAUGGGUUACAUCUAUGCGUUCUCCAUCUUUGUUGGAGUGGUACUGGGGGUGCUAUGUGAAGCUCAAUAUUUCCAGAAUGUCAUGCGUGUUGGUUACCGACUAAGAUCUGCUCUGAUUGCUGCUGUAUUCCGCAAAUCGUUGAGGUUGACUAAUGAAGGUCGUAGAAAGUUUCAAACGGGAAAGAUAACCAACUUAAUGACCACUGAUGCCGAAUCUCUUCAGCAAAUUUGCCAAUCACUUCAUACCAUGUGGUCGGCUCCAUUUCGAAUCAUUGUAGCACUGAUUCUCCUCUACCAGCAAUUGGGCGUUGCCUCGCUCAUUGGUGCUUUGUUGUUGGUCCUUAUGUUCCCUUUACAGACUAUUAUUAUAAGCAAAAUGCAGAAUCUGACUAAGGAAGGUCUUCAGCGUACUGACAAGCGAAUUGGUCUUAUGAAUGAGGUUUUAGCUGCAAUGGAUACAGUAAAGUGUUAUGCAUGGGAAAACAGUUUUCAGUCCAAGGUCCAAACUGUACGUGAUGAUGAAUUAUCUUGGUUCCGGAAAUCACAGCUCCUGGGAGCGUUGAAUAUGUUCAUACUGAACAGCAUUCCUGUUCUCGUGACUAUUGUUUCAUUUGGUGUGUUCACAUUGCUUGGAGGAGACCUGACCCCUGCAAGAGCGUUUACAUCGCUCUCUCUCUUUGCUGUGCUUCGUUUCCCUCUAUUCAUGCUUCCCAACAUCAUAACUCAGGUGGUGAAUGCUAAUGUAUCCUUAAAACGUUUAGAGGAAGUGUUAGCGACAGAAGAGAGAAUUCUCUUACCAAAUCCUCCCAUUGAACCUGGACAGCCAGCCAUCUCAAUAAGAAAUGGAUUUUUCUCUUGGGAUGCUAAGGGGGAUAGGCCGACGUUGUCAAAUAUUAACUUGGAUGUGCCUCUUGGCAGCCUAGUUGCUGUUGUUGGUAGUACAGGAGAAGGAAAGACCUCCUUGGUAUCUGCUAUCCUUGGGGAACUUCCUGCAACAUCUGAUGCAAUGGUUACUCUCAGAGGAUCAGUUGCUUAUGUUCCACAAGUUUCAUGGAUCUUUAAUGCAACAGUACGCGACAAUAUAUUGUUUGGUUCUCCUUUUGACCGUGAAAGAUAUGAAAGGGUCCUUGAUGUGACUGCGCUCAAGCAUGACCUAGAGUUACUGCCUGGUGGUGAUCUCACUGAGAUUGGUGAAAGAGGUGUUAACAUCAGUGGAGGACAGAAGCAGAGGGUGUCAAUGGCUAGAGCCGUUUACUCAAACUCAGAUGUAUUCAUCUUUGAUGACCCCUUAAGUGCCCUUGAUGCUCAUGUUGGUCAACAGGUUUUUGAGAAAUGCAUAAAAAGAGAAUUGGGGAACAAAACGAGAGUUCUCGUUACAAACCAGCUCCAUUUCCUAUCGCAAGUGGACAGAAUCAUACUUGUCCAUGAAGGCACAGUGAAAGAGGAAGGAACAUAUGAAGAGCUAUCCAAUAACGGCCCUUUGUUUCAGAGGUUAAUGGAAAAUGCAGGGAAGGUUGAAGAAUAUUCUGAAGAAAACGGAGAAGCUGAGGCUGUUCAAACGGCCGUAGCACCAUUAACGAACGGAACCACAAAUACUCUUCAGAUGAAUGGCGCUGACGAUAAGAAAGCCAAAGAAGAAAGCAAAGGAGGAAAAUCUGUUCUCAUCAAGCAAGAAGAACGUGAAACUGGAGUAGUGAGCUGGAGAGUCCUGAAGAGGUACCAGGAUGCACUUGGAGGAGCAUGGGUAGUGAUGAUGCUCCUUUUAUGCUACGUCUUGACAGAAGUAUUCCGGGUUACCAGCAGCACGUGGUUGAGUGAAUGGACUGAUGCAGGAACUCCAAAGAGUCAUGGACCCAUUUUCUACAAUCUCAUUUAUGCUCUUCUCUCAUUUGGACAGGUUUUGGUGACAUUGACCAAUUCAUAUUGGUUGAUUAUGUCCAGUCUUUAUGCAGCUAAGAGGCUACACGACAAUAUGCUUCAUUCCAUACUAAGAGCCCCAAUGUCCUUCUUCCACACCAAUCCAUUAGGACGGAUAAUCAACCGGUUCGCAAAAGAUCUUGGUGAUAUUGAUCGAACUGUUGCCGUCUUUGUAAACAUGUUUAUGGGUCAAGUCUCACAGCUUCUUUCAACUGUUGUCUUGAUUGGCAUUGUCAGCACUUUGUCCUUAUGGGCCAUCAUGCCCCUCCUUGUCUUGUUUUAUGGAGCUUAUCUCUAUUACCAGAACACAGCUCGUGAGGUUAAGCGUAUGGACUCGAUCACAAGAUCUCCCGUUUAUGCACAGUUUGGAGAGGCGUUGAACGGCUUAUCAACCAUCCGUGCCUACAAAGCAUAUGAUCGGAUGGCUGAGAUCAACGGAAGAUCAAUGGAUAACAACAUCAGAUUCACUCUCGUCAACAUGAGUGCCAACCGUUGGCUCGGGAUCCGUUUAGAGACACUCGGUGGUCUCAUGAUUUGGCUGACAGCGUCCUUCGCCGUCAUGCAGAACGGGAAAGCUGAGAACCAACAAGCAUUUGCAUCUACAAUGGGUUUGCUACUCAGCUACGCGUUAAACAUCACUAGCUUGCUAACAGGUGUUCUUAGACUCGCGAGUUUGGCUGAGAACAGUCUGAACGCAGUAGAGCGUGUUGGCAACUAUAUAGAGAUACCAUCAGAGGCUCCGCUUGUUAUUGAGAGCAACCGUCCACCUCCUGGAUGGCCAUCAGCUGGGAGCAUAAAGUUUGAGGAUGCUGUUCUACGUUACAGGCCUCAGCUACCACCUGUGCUUCAUGGUGUUUCUUUCUUUAUUCAUCCGACGGAUAAGGUUGGGAUUGUUGGAAGGACGGGAGCUGGGAAGUCAAGCUUGUUGAAUGCUUUGUUUAGAAUCGUGGAGCUGGAGAAAGGGAGGAUAUUAAUCGAUGAGUGUGACAUUGGCAAGUUUGGACUUAUGGACUUGCGUAAAGUGCUUGGGAUCAUUCCACAGUCACCGGUUCUUUUCUCUGGAACUGUGAGGUUUAAUCUUGAUCCGUUUGGUGAACACAAUGAUGCUGAUCUGUGGGAGUCUCUGGAGAGGGCUCACUUGAAGGAUACCAUUAGGAGAAAUCCUCUUGGUCUUGAUGCUGAGGUCUCUGAGGCAGGAGAGAACUUCAGUGUGGGACAGAGGCAGUUGUUGAGUCUCUCACGUGCAUUGUUGCGGAGAUCCAAGAUACUGGUCCUUGAUGAAGCAACUGCUGCUGUUGAUGUUAGAACUGAUGCUCUCAUCCAAAAGACUAUCCGAGAGGAGUUCAAGUCAUGCACCAUGCUCAUCAUCGCUCACCGUCUCAACACCAUCAUCGACUGUGACAAAAUCCUCGUCCUUGAUUCCGGAAGAGUUCAAGAGUUCAGUACACCGGAGAACCUUCUAUCAAACGAAAGAAGCUCGUUCUCUAAGAUGGUUCAAAGCACAGGAGCUGCAAAUGCAGAGUAUUUGCGUAGUUUAGUACUUGAGAACAAGCGUGAGAGAGAUGGUGAUGACUCGCAACAACCUUUGCAAGGACAAAGGAAAUGGCUAGCUUCUACUCGCUGGGCUGCAGCUGCUCAGUUUGCGCUAGGUGUGAGUCUUACAUCAUCGCACAACGAUCUUCAAAUCCUUGAGAUAGAAGAUGAUGGGAGUAUCUUGAAGAGAACGAAAGAUGCGGUUGUGACUUUGCGCAAUGUUCUGGAAGGGAAGCAUGACAAGGAGAUUGCAGAGUCGCUUGAGGGACAUAAUAUAUCUAGAGACGGUUGGUUGUCAUCACUCUAUAGAAUGGUAGAAGGGCUUGCGGUGAUGAGCAGAUUGGCGAGGAACAGAAUGCAACAACCAGGUUACAAUUUGGAAGGAAACUCGUUUGACUGGGACAAUGUCGAGAUGUAGAUUAAGUUCAGGUCAAGCUAUAGUCAUCAUCAUCAAGUUGAAGAGAAACAUGUUCUUACCUUAACCAAAAUUGUUACUCUUUGAUGCCUUAAAACUUAAUUUUGUUCUGCAAAGAAAAUUUAACUUUGCUGUGUUCUUGAUUUCGUCUUUGAUAAUUAGAGUAGUUACUUUCCUUCGACUCCUCCUAAAUGGGAUUCUGAAAAUUUCAAAAGCAGAAUAUGACUGAAUGAUACCCUUUUAUA